UCGCCAUAUUUGCGGAAAGAGAAGGAAAGGAAUAGUGUUGUUUUGCAGUGUGCUGUAAUUUUCCACUGACCAGUGGAUCAGCGUUGCUAUCUGUCUUUCGCGAUGGAUUUAUUGACUCUAAUACUUCAUAAUCUUUGCCCCUUCACGAACCAUGGCACGUCAGAAUCUUCACUGUGUACAUAACCCCGCUUAUAAAGAGACUGGCGACACAGCCUUCCACAAAUACAGGCCUAUCUGUUGAGUCCGUCACCUUCUUUGGCCGAGUGUUAUUGUCAAAUAAUUCUUUGUCAGCCAUGGAAAUGCACAUAAAUAACUCUCAACAUCAUUCGAGAAGGGUAAACUUGACAUAAACAACUACUAAUAUGAUUCUGUAAACCAAAAUACCCACUUGGACGCGUAGAGAACUAGAGAUGGGGGAUCCCCAUGCACGGAAAAGUGCGGCCGUCAGCAGGCUUCGACACCAACUUAGAAAGAAAAGAGAGUCGCUUGCUGACCAUUUUGAGUUCAAGAUGUAUAUUAUUUUCCAUUUCAAAGAAAAGAAGAAAAAGGUGGCUAUUUUUGAAGUAGCAGAAGUUGUUCCGGUAAUGACCAACAACUAUGAAGACAGUAUUCUCAAAGGUGUAAAGGAAGAGGCUUAUUCUUAUGAAAGCUCCAGAGAACUCCUAGACAAAGAUGUAGUUCAGUUGCAUGCUCCUAGGUGGCAGUCCAUGAGAAGGGAUGUUAUUGGAUGUACAACAGAGAUUGACUUUUUUCUUUGGCCAAGAAGUGACAUUGACAGGAUUGAGUGUCAACUCUUUUCUCGCUGGAAGGGAGACCAACUCCCAUUCAAACGUAUUGAGGCCAGCUUCUUGUUCAGUCACCUGGACUAUGAAAGACAGCUGAUGAGACUGGUGAGUCGGCGAGACAAAGAGGGGCUCAUCAUCAACAACCCAUCCCAGACCAUGUUCCUCUUCAUAGACAAGCAGCAGCUUCAGACUGCCAAGAACAAGAUCGUGGUGUUCAAGUUGUCCAGUGUCUGCCUCUAUCUACCACAGGACCAGCUGACCCACUGGGGUGCCGGAAAUGUAGAGGAACUUGUUGCGACAUAUCUUUAACCCAGUGACCUUGACCUGACUAUGACAUCUUGGGAGACAAGCUUCUCCUUGACUAGUUUGACCGUAUCGUCAAAUUGUAAUGUGUGUUUGAUAUGCUUUCUGUUGAGAUGGACUAGUUGUCAUACACAGAAAGCAUAGACAAAAUUAUUUUUGUAAACAACUUCAUUACACAAAUGCAAACUUAAAUUCCUUUCAGACAGGAUACCUUUACAUGGUGCAAGCAGAUGCCUUUAUCCUGAGUAGGCUUGACUUGAGAUAUAGGUAUUGACAGUGCCACAUGCGUCAGCAUGCUAAAUACCUUUAUAUUUCAUGGUGUAAUAACACUUUAUGUAAACAGCUGGGUGGAACAGAAAUUAGUUUCCUUCGACAUUUUGCUGUACAACAGGAACUGAAGUUACGUAUUGUUAGUCAACAUGUCCAAAGAUUGCAUUAGGUCCGACCACAGUGGAUAUUUGUGCCAUGUCUGGAGCCAAGCUUACCCAUGUACUCAAGGAUCCAAGUUCAAACCCGUCUUCUCCAUAUGCUCAUAUUGUGGUUACCUUAGAUGGAAUGCCAUGUUGCAGAUACUGUAUGACUAGUGUACAUCUCGUUCAUGGGUUCCACCUGAAGGUAAACUACAUACCAAAGGUUCAUGCCAUCAUUGUUGUCAUUAAGUGUAAACACAUGUACCCACUGCAGUAGAUUAGAACAGUCUUCAAAACGGUGAGAAGCAUAAGCAUCUUUGAUUCUUGGGCCGUUUUUACUAAGUUGUCUCAAAUACUAAGUAGAAGACAUGGUGCCAAACAAAGGGAUUGUAGAGCCUUUUUGGUCCAUAUCAAACUAGCUGAGCACCUAGAAGUGUGUAACAGGUUGACUGCCUCCAAGUAAGUCCUGAAGAGGGAUGGGUGUUCAUAUGUGCAUAAUGUAAAUGUGAAAUUACUGGACCUUUAUCAAGACUUGUUCUGCAAUGUCUCAGUUGAAGUAGAGGUGCUAAGACAGUUCAUCUUGGUGCUGGAAGGUUUUUGUAUGGAGAUAAAAGGAAGAUGAGACAGAUCCCAAGAUAUUCAUGUGUGUCUAACAUAUAGCUUUGGAGAUUUGGACUUUAUAAAACAUAGCAGGACUGCAGUUUACCGGUUGCAGCUUACAUGAUAGUACUGAUUGGUUUAGGCUUCAGGUUGUAGCUUUUUAACUCCCAGGGAUGGUGGGUUAUCUCUUAUCUUUAGACAGUGGAUACCAUUUCUGAUCAGGCACUGUCUUUGGAUCAUUUGGUAGAAGAUACCCUUUUCUAAUGAUAGAUCACUUUUCAAUCCUUAGUGUUGUGAGUAUUGAUAUGGGCUAGUAGUUAUCUCACCACAUUUGAUAAGUUAACUGAGUGUAAUUUGACAAAAAUCUAUCCAGAAUUUUACUGAGACAUUAAGGUUUGCAGAUGCACCUGCUCAUACACAUCAAGGCAAAUGAUUGGAUGGUAAUCACUAGGACUACAAGUAAUAAUUAUUUGAUCAUGCCCCUGUCCCAUUGUAAAAUGUUGGCAAUGAGGUUAUCUUAUAAACCUAGCUUAGCUUCAAGCUGGCAUGGGGUGGUGGGUAGCCAAGUGAUUAAAUUGUUCGCUCGUCAUGCCGAAGACCCAGGUUCGAUUCCCCACAUGGGUACAAUGUGUGAAGCCCAUUUCUGGUGUCCCCUGCCAUGAUAUUGCUGGAAUAUUGCUAAAAGCAGCCUAAAAGUAAACUGGCUCACUCACUCAAGCUGGCAUUGUAAGUUCAGUCCCCUACAUGGUACACAUCUAAACCAAAAAUAUUGCACCCGGUAAAAAUCAGCUGUCCCUGAAAUAUUUUAUUACCUAUCUUUGUGAAUACAAAUUGUUAACUAUUGACAAACAAAAUUUUAAUGUUAUUUCAUUGAUCAUGUGGACAAGAAUUGUGUGUAAUUAACAAAAUAUUGCAUAUGUGAUUCAGUUUUUGUGUAAUUUUUCAUUGAAAUAUAAUUUUUUUGAAAGAAAUUUCUAAUCUAUUGCAGCUGUCAUGAUCAUUGUCAUAUAACCAUUGUCAUUGUCCAAAGUCUCAUCUGUUAUGAUCAUCUUUUAAGGUUAUAUUUCAUUAAAAUUUAGUUUGUUGCAUACAAAAAUUAAAAUUUCAUCUUGUGUUGAGAAGGCCUUUGAUGGCCAUCUAAUCAUGUCAAUAAGCCAAAUUUGAACCAAUUUAGCCGCUAAUAGUAUUUUCCAGUGUUACCCAUCACAAUAGUAUAGACUGGAGUGUGUACCAGUUUUCGUCAUUGCUUCAUACCGUUACUUUCCACACUUGUUUUUCCGCUGGAGACAUGUUUCCAUGCAUAUAGUCAACAGAGUAAAUAUAAAGCCGCAGUAAGUAGACUCCUGCUUAUCAAUUUGUUGCACUUGUAUAAAUGUUUUCUCAUCAUUGGUAUUAACAUACAGGCUGCUAUCAUAUCUUUGCUUAGUUUCCCCAAAUGGACUAUUGAAAGAAGUUCAAUACCAGCCAGUGUAGUUGUUAUGAAUAUGUUUUGUGGUAGGUACUGAGGUAAGGGUCAGGCUUCACUUAAAAAGUAAUCCGAGGCCAGGUGGAAAUACCAUACUGUUGUUGGGUUUACUUUGAAUGUUGAAAUACAGUAGAACAUGGUUAUAAUGAACAGAGAUCGAAAAUACCUAACAAUAACAGAUAUAACAAUUUAUUUCAAAAGUCCUGACUGAUUUUUCUGUACAAUAUAAUAGAACAUUCAUGUAACUAAUUUGGUAUAAUGAAUUUGAGGCAAGGGUAGAUUUUUCACCCCAAUAUGUUCCCUUGAGUUAUUGACUGGUCAGCACAUUGCAAAUUAUUGUCAGUCACCAUUGAAUCAAACAAUAUGAUUGGAAUCAAAUCAUCAUCAGUACAGUACACUUUCAGAUUAGUGAAGCUCAACCGAGUCAGCAUGUAUCAACUGACAACAGAUGUAUGUUUCACAGGACAUUUCGGCAACACAUAUUUCUUAAACCGAUACUUUGUUCAAUGGCAAUCACUGAACAUAUUUCCAAAUUCUUUCAUCUUGCUUUUAUUUCCAGCGAUGUGUAACUUUCUGUAAAGCCUUGCUGAGAAGCAUGCAAAGGACACUUCAACAUUCAGUUUCCAUGGUAUGUACUGACCACAGUCAGUCAGCUAAAGUAUUAAGUGUUUCUUAUAUUGCCUUUUUGAUACUUUUCCACAGGAAUACCAAAAAGUUGGUAUGAAUAAAAGUUGAAAAUAUAGCCACAGUUUGUAGCACAUAUUGAAAUUGAAUGGUUGUUUACUGUUCAUGGUGCAUAUAUUCAAAUGAAGUGUUGCAUACUGAAUGGUGGUAUGAAUACUGAGGCAGUCAAAAACGGCGGAACAAGCAAGUAACAAACAACGGAUAUUGCAAACAAAUGUCAUAUGUUCCCGGGAGUUUGUUAAUACCAUGUUUUACUGUUCCAGAAAACUACCAACAAUUCCUAUAUUUUGACAAAUCACUAUUUAGUGUGCUAAUUAAACCUAAGGCUAGGUUACAAUUCUGCUAGUCACCUGUAAUUGUACAGCCAGGAUAUAUCAAGCAAAACGUAUGGAUGUAACCUUGUCUUGUAACUAAUGAUAUAACAGUUCCUCACAGUUCACCCAAGUGUAACACAUCUCAGAGACUAAGGAUGCAAUGCGUCCUCAAAUAUUCUUACCUUUAAUAUCAGACCAGCAGACUCGGGCUGGCAGGUUAGUACAAAUUUGAUUUGCAUCCAGAGUCUCCAGGAAAUAGAGAAAACCCAAAACAUUGAACUAAGAGAAGGAUACUGUGUGAUAAAUGGUGCAUUCCAAAGGGUAGCGAAUCGGCCUGGUUAGGGGAGUAUGUUUUUAACAGUUGAAUAUUACAUACUUGCACAUAAUUGGCAUGUUAACAGUUUCAUUCUAGUUUGUUUUAGGAAAGUAUGCCUACCACAGUUAUUUCUGUUAUUUUGUGUGAUUAAUGAUGGAUGUCUUGAGUAUGUGGGUGUUCGAUGGAAUGUGAAUGACCGUGAAGCUGAAAUGUUUAUAAUGACUUGAACAAUAAGGGCUAUGACUAUUGAUAGUGCUCUGUUUUCUUAGUCAUCAAGGAACAAUUAAAGUCUUUCUGUGGAGAAUGUCAUCAGCAUGUGCUGUUGUAUUUCUGUUGGGAAAUAUAUUUGUCACCAGUCAUGCCAACAUGGAUUUAAUGCAACAUGACACGUAAAGUGAUGAUAAAUAAGUGCUAUCAGAUUUGUUUAUAUUGAUUUAACUUUUGUCAUUAUGUACUUUAUAUUCUAACGUGUUACAUUUGAUUGAGGAUAAAAUUUAGAAAUAAUCAAAUAUUUUCAAUCAUGCAUUGAAAAAGAUUUGUUUUAAUGAGGAUUUAAAAUGUAAUUUUCAUGAUGGCAAGUUGAAAAUUAGAUAGUUAAAGUUGAACAGUUGAAGAUGUUAUUAGUUUUCACAUGAAAAGCUGUCAUUUACAACACAGUUAUGGGUGGAAUUGACUGACAUCUUUGUUUGGGUUGUGAAGCCCAUUGUGUUCCUUGCCAUAUUAUUACUGGAAUAUUGCUAAAAGCUCACUCCACUCUUCACUUUGUUUGGAGAGAUCAAGCCCUUAUUAAAUUGGGGCAGGUGUGUAAGUUUCCAACAUAUCCUAAAUCUAAUAAGCUUUUGUGAUGUUAGGAACUUGUUGCCACACAGUAUGUUUUAAUGUGUGGGGAAGAAUGUCCAUAUCAAUCUGACUUACUCAUUCCCCCAUAACUGAAGUAGGUCGGUCUUCAUCAGAAAUCUGGUAUUUGUAAGAAAUGGCUAAUGUUCUAAUUAUAUGGACUCCUUUGACCUCUUGUAAGGAAAUGUAUAUUCUUGAAGCAUAAAAAAUGAAACAUUG